AUGAUGCGUCGCACGCUAUCGCAGUCACUCGUUUCACUGCUGCUCGCUUUAUCGCUGUGGUCGGCUGCCGCCAUGGCAGUGAUGACAACCCAGGUCACCGUGGUAACAAACGUUGCAGGGGCCGUUGUUACUGAAACCACAACAUGGGAUCCAGCUACUGCUGCUACCCCUACAACCACGGCAGUAGCAACUACAACCACUGCUCAAACAGGUUCUUUCACCACCGUCUUCACCACCACCAACGAUGUCGGUACUACCGUCACUUUGACCCAGACCAUCAACAGGGCCACUAUGCUGCCAACCACCACAUCCUCGACCUCGUCUACUGGUAAGACCACGACAACCGCUCCUACCGCGACCUCGUCGUUGUCUUCAGGGCUCUACCUAUCUACAGUCACCACGACAGAUAUUCUGGGCACCACUGUGACUUUGACCCAAACCUUUACUCACUCUAGCACAGGCGCCAGUUCAUCUGCUAGUUCAUCUGCCAGUUCAUCUGCACAUUCUUCCAGUGCAAAAUCGGCUACUUCUACCGGAAGCGCAAUAGUCGAAACUGGUACUAGGCCAGACCCCUCCACAGGCUUCACGGAGCCUCCUCUGUCUGCCGUCACUACUCUGGCGAUCGACACAUAUGUGACUAUCACUGAAGGUACUACACAUACUUACACAAGCUCCCGCCCGGCAACCUCCAUGUGGGUCACAGUCGUCAGGCAAGGCAACACCCUUACCAUGCAGACUACUUUCGCUCAACGGUUUUCCUCCCAGUACGUAACAGUCGCUUCCCCUUCCGCAGGGUCCAUCGGGAUGGGCACCUUGUCGGGAACUGUAGGUGUUAUUAAAUCCGCAAUGAAAAAAACCGUUUCUCAUAACGAGGCCCAGCAUCCAAGUAUGAGGUCGUUUACUUCAACUUUGGCAGGGCUAUUAGCGGUUUUAAUUUGGUUCUUAUAA